AUGGGCAGCAGCAAGGAGGGCAAGAUUCGCUCGGCUCCGGCGUAUACGAUUACGGGUCGCGAGAAGCCUCCGCUGAUCCCGGUGAUGAUCUUCCCCGGACCCGGAUACUACGAUGGCGAGUACACGGUGGUCAAGCCGAAGCCACCGGUCUACUCGAUGCGCGGCAAAUACAAGAUGGGCAGCGAGGACUCGAAGCCCGGACCCGGAGCCCACUGUCCGGAGAAGUACUGGGAGAAGCGUUCGCCUCCGGCGAUAUCCUUUGGCAUCCUUCACUCCCCGUAUCUCAAGAAACCCCUGCCGGUCACAGUUCCGCAACGCUUUGGGAUCAAGCACUCGCAGUAUCUGGGUCGGCUGAACGAGAAGAACUCCGAGUUCGACUAUAGCUUUUCCGGAAUCUGCUGA